CAUUGUAGUGACUCAUCUCGGGCAGAGCGCAGGGGCUCGGAGCGAGCCAGGGAGCGAGCGGCGCUCGGCUGGGGCAGAAAGAGAGAGAGAGAGAGAGAGAAAGAGGGCGAGGCGCGGACGCGCGAGGCGGGCCGGUCCGGGAGCGGGCGCCGGGCGAGGGGUGCAGGUCGAGGCGCCGGCGCGGGGCCGCGUCCCUCUCAGCGGCAGCUCAGCUGGAGCCCCACCGGCCGCAAUCAGCGGGCGCGCUUGGGACCCGGACGGGCGCACGCUGCCUUCUAGUCAAGUGUCCGAGCCGCUCAGAAACUCAGGCAGCGAGUCGGCCACAGGAAGUUUAUUCUCGGGCUCCUUUUCUAAAAGGAGGAAACAGAAGUUUCUCCAAGCGGGCAGCCUUUCUUUUCGCUUUUUUGGCCCUGUCUGAAAUCGGGGGUCCCCGGAACUGACAGGCGAGGCUCCCCCGGUUCCUAUUCCUUAAUUUCCAAUUUUUCUUUGGACCGCGGGUCCAGGCUGAGCUCCGGCAGCGCGCGGGGGCGGGAGGGCGCGCGCAGGGGAGGGACCGAGGGACGCGCCGACUUUUUAGAGGGAGGGACCGGGUGGACAACUGGUCCCGAGGCGCUCCCGGAGCAGGAAAGAAGUGCCGUGCGAGGCGCGCGGGGAUCACUUCCCGGUGUCGCCGCCUCCCUGUCCGCGCCGGCCGCCGAGGGGGAAAGGCAGGGAGCGAAGACUAGAGCCCGCGGCGCGGCCGGCGGACCAGCGAGCACGCAGCAGCCUGUGCGCGGCCGCGGCGAGGGCGGGGAAGAAAAACACCCUGUUUCCUCUCCGGCCCCCACCGCGGAUCAUGUACCAGGAUUAUCCCGGGAACUUUGACACCUCGUCCCGGGGCAGCAGCGGCUCUCCUGCACACGCCGAGUCCUACUCCAGCGGUGGCGGCGGCCAGCAGAAGUUCCGAGUAGAUAUGCCUGGCUCGGGCAGUGCCUUCAUCCCCACCAUCAACGCCAUCACCACCAGCCAGGACCUGCAGUGGAUGGUGCAGCCUACAGUGAUCACCUCCAUGUCCAACCCCUAUCCGCGCUCACACCCCUACAGCCCCCUGCCUGGCCUGGCCUCCGUCCCUGGGCACAUGGCCCUCCCAAGACCCGGCGUGAUCAAGACCAUUGGCACCACUGUGGGCCGCAGGAGGAGAGAUGAACAGCUGUCUCCUGAAGAGGAGGAGAAGCGUCGGAUCCGGAGGGAAAGGAACAAACUGGCCGCUGCCAAGUGCCGGAACCGCCGCCGGGAGCUGACGGAGAAGCUGCAGGCGGAGACAGAGGAGCUGGAGGAGGAGAAGUCAGGCCUGCAGAAGGAGAUCGCUGAGCUGCAGAAGGAAAAGGAGAAGCUGGAGUUCAUGUUGGUGGCCCACGGCCCUGUGUGCAAGAUCAGCCCCGAGGAGCGCCGAUCGCCUCCAGCUCCCGGGCUGCAGCCCAUGCGCAGUGGGGGCAGUGCAGUGGGUGCAGUGGUGGUGAAACAGGAGCCCUUGGAAGAGGACAGCCCCUCCUCCUCGUCAGCAGGGCUGGACAAGGCCCAGCGCUCUGUCAUCAAGCCCAUCAGCAUUGCCGGGGGCUUCUAUGGGGAGGAGCCCCUGCACACCCCCAUCGUGGUGACCUCCACGCCGGCCAUCACUCCAGGCACGUCGAACCUCGUCUUCACCUACCCUAGCGUCCUGGAGCAGGAGUCGCCUGCGUCGCCCUCCGAGUCCUGCUCCAAGGCUCACCGCAGAAGCAGUAGCAGCGGGGACCAGUCAUCAGACUCCUUGAACUCCCCCACUCUGCUGGCUCUGUAACCCUGCGCUCUCCUCCCCAGCUCUGGAGGGGUCCUCGGCACUGCCUCCUCCCAGGGACCAGCACCUUUGAGAGCUCCAGAGCCCUGAGGGCCAGAGGGAGCCCUGCCGGGAGCUUCCGGGCUCUGGGGAACCAGGUGGGACUUGGCGAGGCAUUGGAAGACUUGGGUUGAUCCUUGCAAGCCAUGGACCUCCUCCCUUGCUCAUCUUACGGAAUUCUCCUCCUUGAAAAGCCAUGGAGAACUUGGUUUGGCGGACUCAGAUGUCUCUGGCUUCUGAAGAGCCUGGAGCUUCCCAGAUGUUCCGCCCCUUUGUCACGCUGUUGUCUCUGGAGUGAGGUGUCCUCUUCCCACCCCGCCGAGCAUGCUCAGUGCCUUUCGGUUUCCACCCUCCCUCGACCGGCCCCUUCCCUCCCGCAGGGUCAGUCUCACUCCCUCUUGGUUUUUAUCAAAUUUGCCAUGACAUUUCAGCCGGGUGGUCUGGAUAUUAAAGCUCUUCAUUUCUGGAGAUGUGGCAGCAGGUGACUUUUCCACUGGGGCUGACUUGUCCAGAAGGGGACAAAGUGCAAUACAGAACCUUCCCUCCCCUGACACUCCCCAGUGCACCGCCGCCUCCAGAACUCCAGCAGGGCUCCCAUGCUCCUAGCAGGGGCCGCCAUCACUGGGAGUCUCGAAGGACCCUUCCUCUCCGCCCUCGGAGAUGGCUUUUGGACGGUCGGCCUGGCCAGAAGACAGGGUGUGAGACAGCCAGGGCACAGGUGGGGUUUGCCAAAUGCCUAAUUAUCAGGCCAGGAGCAGUGCUAACAAAGCCACAUGGGUGUCCUGGCCAGCUUCCCCUCACCUGGUGUCUUGAGCUGGGCGUCUCCUGUAAUUACUGCCUCGCCAUUCUGCCCCUGGACCCUUCUCUCCAGACCAGGGAGGCGUCCCUCCCAGGAACCACAUAUCACUCCAAGGCCCUGCUGGGCUCCACCCUUCCCUGGCUCUCAGGGUGACGCCACCCAUGGAGAUUUAAUGAGCGUGGGCCUGGACCCUCCCCAAGGGAGGCUCCUCUCCAAGCCUCAAAGGAUGGAAGGGCCAGGCAGGAAGGAGGCAGCCAGUCCCUGGGGGUGUUGUAUGCAGCAGCAGCAGCUGCCAUUGCGCCUGCCCCAGCGCCCGACCUUCCCUGCUAUGGCCACACACUUCUCAGUGAAGCAAGGCCCUGUCUGCCCUCUGGGGUCAUCUGCCCCCUGAUGGCUCUAGCACUCUGUCUUUCAUGCUCCCCCUGCCCCAUCCCAGGGUGCUCUUCUGGCCCAGUUGACAAGCUGUGAGCAGCUGGCCCAUGAGCUUUGGCUGGGGCUUGGGGCGCAUGCGCCAUUCCUGGUUGUUGACUCUUUCCAGCUGCUGAAAUCAGAGCUAGGAUGUGUUGCUUCCCACCGCAGGAGAGCCACCCCUUCCCACAGCCCCUGGGCCUCCACCCCUCUCAGCCUUUCCUCCUGAGAGCAUGUUGACACAUGACCCUGGGAAGCGGCUUCUGGUCAGAACUGGCCUCUGUGGGGAUGGUGCUCUGAGGGAGUCCCACUGUUGGUGACUCAGCUCCAGAGAUCAGUGUCCACCCAUUCAAAAUGAUAUCAGUGCCCCUUAAACCCAGUGGCAGUUGCAUUUCUGAGUCUGACUGUGGAGAGAACAGGAACAGCUUCACAGACCUGCUCCUUUUACACCUGAGGUCACACGUGCUGGUCGUUAUUUAAUUCCAUUACCCCCUUAAUGCACGAGGCACGCAGGAUGGAAGAGACAUAUGCUGAAAAUACACAGCCAGCAGGACCAGAGGGCAUGAUGCAGGGGUCAGCCACGUAGAGAGGAGCUGAGAAGAAAGAGGAUUUUGUUCUAAACACUUUAAACAUGUUCUUUCCCGUGUUCCCUGACUGCGACACUGCGCUCUGGGUUCCCCAGGGUCCUUGGGAAGGGUGCUUCUGAGAAGGAAGGGCAGCUGGGUUUCUGGCCUCAGAUGAAUUCAUCAGAGAAGCAGAAGGCAGCCAGGGUGCAGGCGACGCAGGGUUCGCUGGUGCUGUCAGCUCGGAAAGGCUCCCUCAUCUCCAGUGGUUUUGUAGCCAAGUGGGGGCUAUUCGUUUCUUUGUGCAUAUAGAUAUUUCUUAAAUGAAGCUGCUUUCUGGUCUUUUAUUUCUAAAAGCUCCUUUACGCCCCAGUCUGUGCAGCAUGGAUCCCAGCACAGGUCAUGGUCUGUGACUUGGGGCCACAUUGGACAUUCCUGAGCCUGAGUUUGGCUUCUGUUCAGAUUUCAAGCUAUGCUGGCACUGGAACCCACAGAAGGCACAGCCCCAGGGACUUCAGAGACCUCUGAGGUGUAACCUUCACCUCUGGGGGGAGGCUGAACAUUCACUCCUGAGCCCUCAGCAUGUUCUCAGUUGCUGCCUUCUGACUCGCUCUCCAGGGUCACUCCCUCCUGCCACCCACAUAACGAACGCUUGCUCCAGAAUCACCAGACACCCAGCCUCUGCUCUGUCCUCCAUGGCUCCAACUAAGGGGACAGCUGCAGCAGGGCUGCCUUUGUGCUUGGGAGAGGAACUGCUGUGCUUCCCCUUGUCCCCGGCAUGAGGGAGCUGGUGAGGACCCAGGUGGGUCUGCCGGUGACUGGGAUGGCAUGGAAGCAUGCCAGUGUGAAGCACAGUCCUCGUGGCUGCCUGGCUGGCCUUUCUGGGAAUGGUCCUGUCCCUGGUUGGGUCAAUGGGGACAGUUGCUGACACAGGGAAGAGCAGAUCCCAGGUGAAGCUUAGGAAAUUGCUGGAGCCAACGCCAAGCCGAGAAUUCCCUGGGGAGGUUUUUCAGCAUGAGUGGAACAUUGCUGUGUGGGAGGCCAGGUGUGCCCGCUGAGGACAGUGGUGCAAGCAUCUCAGUCCAGAGCCAUCAGGGCUGCUGCUUCUCCCUCUGGCUUUGGGGAGAGGAAUCUCCCUCUGCUCCCGCUGGACUCCAGCGUAAGGAGGAGACAAACUCUGGAGCGUUGGGGGUUUUCUCUCCUCACCCACAGAGCUUCUUGCAAUCUCGCCAUGUAACUUCCUUCCCUGAUCAGACACCCGCUGGCCCCUUUAGGGACAGAAAGAAUAAACACCUACUUGUUUGGCACUUUUCUAUUUUUCCUCUUUGAAAUGAGGGCAUCCCCAUAUAGAGAGCCCCAAAUGAUGGCUAAAAAGAAACACUAGGAGGUGAGGUCUUCAGUCAGAUGGCCGUCAGUCUGACAUUUGUUCUCAUAGACCCAUCCCCCCAGCAUCCUCCCACCUCCAGACCCUCUCUCUCCUCGGCCUGUGCUCCUCUGCAGUCCCUAGAUGUCUGGAGGGGUCCUUACAGAGUGUGGAACGAUAGGAAAUGUGCUGUGCAUAACUUCCUUUUUCAAACUUAGAUCAAGAGAUCUUGCUGCAUUCUGCUUCUUGAUUCUUGGCAUUCAUCUUAAAAGCCAGCAUCUCACUAUUUAUUGCUAGGUUGUGGAGUAUGCGUGAGAGAAUGUGCGUGUGAGUGCGUGCACACUUCCGGGCGUGCCUGCAUCCUCCUGCAGCUCUUUAGAAGGAAACCCAGUCAUCCCACUACUAAUUUGGCAUCUUCUCCUGCUUCUAGUGUUUUGGCCAUGCAUCAAGAAAGGGUUUUAAUUUUCCAAAGCUGACGACGUGUUCCGGAGGGGCUGAGUCAAAUUUUGACAGGGGUGGCGGUAUGGAAAGGGAGGGGGGAGAAGAAAUUGACAUUUAUUUUAUUAUUUAUUUUAAAUGUUUACAUCUUUGUGUUGUACUAAGCCUGAAUAGAAACGGAUAGCAUUAAAAUACUCGGUUCCUCUCUCUUGCUUCCUUUUUUUUUAAAAAAAAAAAAACUUAGGAUAACGAUGCUUUUUUGUUUCUAAAGUGAUUUGUGACUUGUGCUGUAUAAACUGUAUAAAAAGUUUCUGUUUUUAAAGAUGGAUUGUCAUUCCUCUGGGGACAGUGGCUGCCAAGAAAUCUACUUUGUAGGAGAACACGAUAGAUCCUGCCCUGUACCUCAAAAUUACUUUCUCUGUACUAUUAAAGACUUAUUCCAUUUAUUUUACUUUGUGGUUACUUGAUUUGAGGAAGAAAAAUAUUUGACUUUGUAUAAAGACUAGGUAUCAGGGUGUCUUUUCUGCAGUGGGAGAUGUAUAUAUAGUAUUUUGGUAUUAGUGGAAAUUCAUGAACUCUGUGCAUCUGUAUUUGAGAUUGUCAAUGAGGUGGAGUGAAGUCUGCUACUAGACCCUGGAGGCAAACAAGUCGUACAAGGUUUCUGUCGCUUUCUGAGGGAAUUUAAUGCCCUUUCUGGAUACCUUUUUCUGUUUUUUAACUAAUGGUGAAAUGGUCCCAUUAGAGGAUCUCUUAUAUUGACCUCUCUAGGCAGGACCCUGAACUCAAAAAAUCUUUGUAUAGUUUUGAAAAUUGAGGAGUAUCUGUGCUCUGAAGCAUCUCUGGUGGUGUUUGUUGUGUUGUUAUUUUGUCCUGUUGUUUUACUGUAUGUAACACAAGCCUACAGUAUUUGCACUAAAGAAAGCUUGUUAGAAAAAGCUUGCUGCUAUGGAAGAAAGAACAUAUUAAAACUUCUUUUCCCUUGCGGUUAUUUUUUGUUGUUGUUCGCUUUUCCACUUUCCGUUGAGUAGCAUUUUGUAGAAUAAAAUGAAUUAAGAUUGAAGAGUC